GAUAGUAGAGCUUUGGACAGAAAAACCACCCGACAAGUAAAACUCUCAUUCCUGAAUCCUCAACCGAUGAAUUCCGUCAACUCCUUCAAGGGCUACGGCAAAGUAGACGAGCUCGAAGAAGCUGCGUUCCGAAGAAAAUCUCGAAAACGCGCUAUUAUCCUCUCCAUUUCCCUCCUCCUCCUCCUCCUCCUCAUCAUCGUCGUCGUCGCCGCCACUUUAUCCCACAAAAAAAACACCAACAAAGAUUCCGGCGACGUCGCCGGCGCUCGGGUCGCCGCCGUCAAGUCCAUCUGCAGCGUCACUCAGUACAGGGAGUCAUGCAUCUCCAGCCUCCAGUCCUCAAACUCAACCAAUCCCGCCAAAAUCUUCGAGCUCUCGUUGAUGGUGGCAGUACACUCUCUCAGAAAAAUCGCUAACUUAUCCACCACUUAUGCCAGCAGGGCGGAGAAUAACACGCUGGCCAAACAGGCCCUUAAAAUCUGCGAUUCGGAGCUAAACGACGCCGUGGAGUCGCUGGACGACACGAUCUCCGCCGUGAGCGGCAGCGGCGGAGGGAAGAAGCUGAGCUCUCGCAUCGACGACCUCCGGACGUGGCUGAGCGCCGCGGGGACGAACCAGGAGACGUGCCUCGACGCGCUGGACGAGGCGGACGCGGAAUUCGCCGCCGAAAUUAGGGAUUUGAUGAAGAAUUCGACGGAAUUCGCGAGCAACAGCCUGGCAAUCGCCACCAAAAUCGUGGCGGUGAUUGGGGAUUUUAAGAUUCCGAGCCACCGGCGGCUGCUGGGGGAGGAGGUGCCGGAGUGGGUGGACAGGCGGAUGCUGCAGGAGGCCCGGCCGGCGCCGAAUGUGACGGUGGCCAAGGACGGGAGCGGGAACGUGAAGACCAUGGCGGAGGCGGUGGCGCUGGUGCCCAAGAAGAGCGACGCGAGGUUUGUGAUAUACGUCAAGGCAGGGGAAUACGUGGAGAAUAUCGACAUGGAUAAGUCUUGCUGGAAUGUGAUGAUUUACGGAGAUGGUAAAGGCGUCACUGUUAUUUCCGGCAGUCGGAAUUUCGUCGACGGAACUCCGACUUUCUCCACGCCCACGUUUGCAAUUGCCGGAAGAGGAUUCAUCGCUCGAGACAUCACGUUCAAGAACACGGCCGGGCCAGAGAAGCACCAGGCCGUGGCCUUCCGAUCGGGGUCGGACGAAUCGGUCUACUACCGGUGCUCUUUCGACGCCUUCCAAGAUACCCUCUACACACACUCCAACCGCCAAUUCUACCGCGACUGCGACGUCACGGGCACCAUCGACUUCAUCUUCGGCAAUGCGGGCGUCGUGUUCCAAGGGUGCAACAUUCAGCCUAGGCAGCCCAUGCCCAAUCAAUUUGUCACAAUAACUGCCCAAGGCAAGAAAGACCCAAAUCAGAACACUGGGAUUUCCAUCCAACGGUGCGCAAUAAGCCCAUUGGCCACCCUUACGGCCCAAACGUAUCUGGGCCGUCCGUGGAAAGAUUUCUCAACCACAGUUAUAAUGGAAACUAACAUUGGUGGAUUCUUGAAUCCAAAGGGCUGGAUUUCAUGGGUGGCAAAUGUGGAUCCACCCGCCUCCAUUUUCUACGGGGAGUAUCGGAACUCGGGUUUGGGUUCGGAUACUGCCAAUCGGGUCACGUGGGCUGGAUACAAGCCCGCCAUGACCCCGGCCGACGCCUCCAAAUAUAAUGUGGAAUCCUUGAUUCAAGGUCCAUCUUGGCUGCCUUCAACAAAUGUGGCCUUUCAAUCAACCUAGUCAAUUAACAUCAAAAUAAGGGUUCAUUCUGCAUAUACAUUAAUACAUACAUGUCCUUUGAAAUAUAUGGAGAGCUAAAAUUGAGUCCACCAUUCUUACUUUUUUACUUUUCUUUUCUUAUUUGUUCUUUCUAUACCGGACCUAUGUAAUAUUUUGUAGAUGCACACUUGUGAAUCUUGUUUUCUACAUAUUCAAAGAUUGCGGUUUUACUUUAA